AUGACAACCUUCACUUACACCCACUCUCCCUCCCUCGCCCCCCUGUCAACUCAAUCCCCUCAAUCCCUCUCAGCCUCCAGCAACCCCCCCAUCGACUACCUCAUGACCAGCGUCCUCGUCCUCCGCCAACCUAAAUCUCAAUCAUCCCCAAACAAAUCCCAGCCGCAAAUCCUCCUCCUCCGCCGCUCUCCCACAGAUUCCUACCCCCUCAAAUGGGAACCCCCCGGCGGCUCCAUCGACCCCUCCGACCCCUCCGUGCUCUCCGCCGCAGCCCGCGAGCUCUACGAAGAAUCGCGUCUUUCAAACGCCCAUUUCCACACGUGGGUAGCCAUGGCUCGGGAAUUAAACCUCGAGGAUGCUUCACGGAUGAAAAACUGGGGUAUUCAGCCCGAAGACGAAAAAGCGACGGACAUUGAAGUCAGGAUUGGCCAAGGACAGGAAGGAGACGUGGUGCGCGUGACGACGUUUUUGGAGACGAGGAAUGUUUGGGGCAAGAUGAAUUUCGUUGCCACGGCGGAGGGGCAGGUUGUGAUUGAUCCGGAGGAGCAUGUUGAGUGGGGGUGGUUUACGGAGGAGGAAGUUCGUCGGGGAAGAGCUGCGGCGCCGUUUGACAAUGGAGAUGGAAGUGGAAUUGGCGAGGAGAAGAAGGAGGAGGAGAGAGUGCUGGAGUUUACGAGCAGGGCUGUCUGGGGAUCGGUCCUGGAGUCGUUCAGAGUGGGCAGGGAGUUGGGCGUGAUUGUGUGA